GAGUACGUGUCAUGACUACUGCAGUCAUUGCGCCUGUGGAUGUCAAGCGAUUCUUCCGUUUAGUCAAGUGACGCCAUUGUGAGCCGUAACGACUUUUAAGAGCACGGACUUAAAUCUUAAAUUUCUUAAAUAAUCUUGAAACAGAAAUACAAAACAAUUUACCAAAAUGGCCACAGAUGAUAUGCCCACAUUUAAAUGCGUGCUGGUCGGAGAUGGCGGCACCGGAAAAACUACAUUCGUCAAACGGCAUUUGACUGGAGAGUUCGAGAAAAGAUACGUCGCGACCCUCGGCGUUGAAGUACAUCCCUUAGUUUUCCACACAAAUCGAGGUCCUAUCAGAUUUAAUGUUUGGGAUACGGCGGGUCAAGAAAAAUUCGGAGGACUUCGAGAUGGUUACUAUAUUCAAGGUCAAUGUGCUAUCAUCAUGUUUGAUGUAACCUCUCGUGUUACGUACAAAAACGUACCAAACUGGCACAGAGAUUUAGUAAGAGUAUGUGAAGGAAUCCCUAUCGUUCUUUGUGGUAACAAAGUAGAUAUCAAAGAUAGAAAAGUCAAAGCAAAAACAAUCGUCUUUCACAGGAAAAAGAAUCUUCAGUACUAUGAUAUCUCUGCAAAGUCAAACUACAAUUUCGAAAAACCUUUCCUGUGGUUGGCGAGAAAGUUAAUUGGUGAUGGCAACUUGGAGUUUGUUGCCAUGCCCGCACUUGUACCCCCAGAAGUCACUAUGGACCCACAGUGGCAGAACCAGAUCGAAAAGGAUCUCAAAGAGGCACAAGACACUGCUCUGCCAGAAGAAGAUGAAGACUUGUAAAUAUAGCAAAAUAAAUUCAAAUUUCCAGUGCCCUCUUCUAAAUGUGAUCAAAGCUGAUUAGGCUUAUAUUGAAAUGAGUUUUUCAAUUAUUUCAUUCCAUUAGGUUGCAAUCGGUUCAUAAGUUCAGUUUUAUAUUGUGAGUUUCAUUAGUCAUUUGCUUUAAUCCAUGCAUGUAAAAGUAAUGUUUAGCUUCAAUAAUAUUGUUAUAAUAAUAAUGUCCUUAGUUCAAUGUUUUAUUGUAAGUCAUAGAAUAAUUGACAUUAAUAUGAUAUAAAAUCUCAUUUUAUCAGAUAUUGUGUCAAAUUAUGGAUACAUUUGUGAACUAUCCUAACUACCUACAUGUUAAAGUUAUGUGUUUUGAACUUUGAUCUUUUGUAUAGUAUUAUUUAAUUAUAAAGAAAACUGUUAGACAUAUUUUUUUAAGGUUAACUAAUUAAUAACAACCUUUACCGUUGAAAUUCACUACUUAAUG